AUGCAUGCACUCAAGGCAUUAACGUCAGAACUAUCACCCUAUGAGUGGAGGACACUCCAUGCCACGACAAGCAGUCGCACCUUCCAAUUCGACGUCAUCGGCAAUCUACCCGUUGAGCUAGUAGCCCAGGUGUUCUCGCAUUUAGACGUUGCUGCUCCUUACCGCUUGCAAAGUGUCUCAAGACGAUGGAAUCACACUCUCCAGAGCUUACACGUUAUCAAAGCAAGCCUCGACAGUUGGUACCAAGGUACUGUCAACUUCCAAGAUGCCGACCAUGCUCUAUGUCAAAAGAAAGCCCGCAAGAUAAAUGCCUUUCGUACCGGCAAGCCGCGCAAAGUCUACAAGAUAACACCAAAGGACAGUAUAGAUGAUAUCUAUCUAGCAGGAAACAAUCUUAUCUGGCAAAGCCUGACCUUCACUCCGCAAAACCAAUCGCGAAAUGUCUGCGUACUCGAUCUAGCUACAUGGGAUCUUCGCUUCCUGGGUGGCGAAGGCCGUGAACGAAUUAUCGACGUCUACGUAUCUAAUGAGAUUGUGGCGCUAACAACCUGGGCGAACAUCUGCUACGUUCACGAAUUGCAUGGCAAACGAGGUUGCAAGAAGUUCAGAGUACCAAACAACAACUAUUUCGCCAGCGUUGCCUGUCGAGAGCGCACUGUCGCAUGUUAUCAUAUCGACUCCGGUUUUGCAUCCGUGUAUAUCUGGGAAUACGACUCCCAGCGUGGAAGAUCCUUCGACAUUAAAUUCGAACCCGGUAACAUGUUCUGGGGGACAGAUGUCGUGUAA